AUGAGUGAGUUUAUUGAUUUCCUGCGUAGCCACGUACGCUCAGCAGAAGUACAUCAGUUGAAAGAUUCUGCCAUCCCGUGUACCUCAACGAAAAAUCAUAUUAAACCACCUCAACCAAAUAGUUAUAAAUCACGAUACGGACCCAAUCAAAAGGUGUUAUCUGCCACGUCAAGUCAAGCACCGACUGUGUGCUGUCCGUUGUGCAAAAAAUCACAUUCUAUAAGGAAGUGUCAAUUGUUCAGCGAUCAGACACCCAGUGAACGUUUUAAGAUGGCCAAAACGCAUCAAUUAUGCAUUAACUGCCUUGGACCUGGCCAUUCACCUUCGGCGUGCCGAUCAAAGUAUAAAUGUCAAACUUGUAAUAAGUCACACCAUACACUUCUACACUUUGAUGCCUCGACUAAUGCACAGGCCGGCCCCUCAGGACCAGCAGACCGGCCGGUAGUCAAUUGCAACACCGCUUCUCUGAGUACAAGAAGACAACGACCGUCCAGAGUGGUGUUACUUUCUACCAUCCUGUUAGAAGUUGUUGCUCGUGAUGGAUCUCGUCAAUCAUUUCGAGCACUGGUCGAUAGUGGCUCGCAGGCGAGUUUUAUUACGGAAAAAUCUGCUUGCUCAUUAAUGCUACGUCGAGACCGUUCAUCUGUAAAUAUUUCCUCUUUUAAUAGCACUACGUGUACUCCUGUUCGUAGCAAAUCCACAAUAGUUAUCACCCCUAGAGGUCGAUUAACUCCAUCGGUCCCCGUUGAUGUAUUAAUUGUUCCACAAAUUACUGAAUGUACACCUCAACAGCCGAUUGUUCCUGGGAAAUGGCCUCAUAUUGUUGAUCUGCAAUUGGCCGAUCCAUCAUAUCACACCCCAGGUGAAAUUGAUAUACUUCUGGGUGCUGAUAUUUUACCUUCCUUGUUGCUCAAGGGUAAAGUAGAGGGACAAAAAGGAGAACCGAUGGCACUCGAAACAGUUUUCGGUUGGAUUCUCAUUGGGCCUGUCAACCUUCAUGCUCAACGCAAUACAGUGUCCCUAUGUCUAUCCAUAUCAGAACCACUCGAUGAGACAUUGAAAGCAUUUUGGGAAAUUGAAGAGCUACCUUCA